AUCCGCUCCUUCUUCUUUACAAUAAAAUGCAUCAUGGUAAGGCAAGCUACAAUAAAAUGAACUCAAUAAAUAAUCAAUGAAGCAUCACCUGUGAGUAAAGCUCUGCCAAACCACCUAUACAUCAAGAGAAAGAAGAAAAUAAGUUAAGGACGAUAGCAACCACUCCCCUUUCAAAGAUGUCGCAACAACAGAAGGGUGGGGAUUACAAUCAAUUCACCACCACCUCAGACGAUGAUGUGUUGAUGAAGCAAAUCAUAGCCACCCAUGCUGAUGGUAGUAUCCACAAGGUCAAUGUCAGGCCCCAUCUCCAACUCAUCAAAGAAAUCUUCCGAUACUCCACCACUCUCGAUCGCACCAAUAUUCAUGACCUGCAAGUUUCUUCACACAUGAAAAGCUUGGACGAGAAAACCCAAAAAGCCGACUUCGUUGGCAUGCUUGAAGCAUUGGCUUACACCAUACACAAGAUCUCCUGCGAGAUAUCGUACAAGUGCUAUGAGGGAGAAGAUGCACACUCAACAACGAUGGUACUGUUCAAGUCCUUAUCAAAAUUCUCCUGGGAUGCCAAGGUGGUAAUGGCCUUGUUUGCCUUUGCCGUCACCCAUGGGGAGUUUUGGCUAGUGGAGGAACUCUGUGAGACACACCCUUUGGCCAAAUCCAUAGUAUUGUUGAAGCAAUUACCCGACGUAUUUAAGCAAUCGGAAAUGCAGAGGCCCAGGUUUGAAUCAUUCUGGAGCCUUUUCAAAGCCAUGUUUGAUGUGACCGAGUCCAUCAUCCAGUUCCAUGAGUUGCCACCUCAAUACACCUCCGUUGACCAAUCACCCAUAUCGGUGGCUACCGCCCAAAUCCCCAUUGCUGUUUACUGGAUCAUCAAGAGUGUCGUCACAUGCACAUCCCAGAUCAUUGGCCUUACUGGCUUGGGUAGUCACAAAUCUAUUCCAUCGACCAUUGAAACUAGUGACCUAUCCAGCUUAGCACAAAAGAUCAACAAUAUGCAUGAACACUUUACCAAGCAACUUGAUCUUUGCAAUCAGUAUAUUGAUGAGAAGAAACAAGUCGAAGCUUAUAACAGGCUGGUGCAAGUCUUUGAAACGACUCAUGUCAACAACAUGGAUAUUCUCAAGGCAUUGUUUAAUUACUCCAAUGAUGAUCUGCAGCCUCUUCUUCAAGGAUUCACUGGGAAAAGGGUUGGCAUUGAAGUAUUGAGAGGCAAGGAUUUAUUUUUGCUGAUAUCGGACUUGUACAUCUCCGAAGAAGAACUCAAGAUUUUUGGCCAGAUCAUGAAUAAAAUGAGGGAGCCCUAUAACAUGGGAGCACCAAAUAUUAAUCCUUUUAGGAAAAGCAAUGUGUUCGCUCCGAGGUUAGAGUCUUACUACCAAGAGGUGUGGCUCCCCGUGGUGGACAAGACUAUCCCAUGGACCGAAGCCAAACAAAGAGAGUUCGAUCGAUUGCAGAAGACUAUGCCAUGGUACUCGGUGCACCACCCUUCCUUGAUCAAUUCACUAGUGAUUAAAUAUAUCAAGGAGAAGUGGCACUUCAACAAGAAGCCAAUCCUUGUGGUUUUGGAAGAUUCUGGUAGGGUUACGAACACCAAUGCCCUCCACAUGUUGUGGAUCUGGGGAAGCAUUGCCGCUGGCAGAAUUCUAACCAGUUCUUCGGAGAAACAUCUCUGGAGCAUAGAGACAUGGGGAAUUAAAUUCUUGGUUGAUGGCAUUGAUGAAAAUAUACUCCAUUGGAUGGAAGAGAAAGAAAGAAUCAUUUGCCUAUAUGGAGGAGAAGACAUAGAUUGGAUAAGAAAAUUCACGAUGAAGGCGAGAGAGGUGGCAAAAGCCGCAAAUAUCUCGUUCGAGAUGAUGUACGUGGGAAAGAGAAACCCGAAUAAAGAGCUAUUGAGGAGGAACAUCGACAUUAUCACCAAGGAGAAUCUGAGCAACUGUUGGGAAGAUUGCACACUCACUUGGUAUUUUUGGAUCCGACUAGAGAGCAUGUUAUACUCCAAGAUGAAGCUUGACCAGACUAUUGAAAACGAUCCCAUAAUAAAGGAGAUCAUGACAAUCCUCAUCUUUGACAGCAGCAGUGAGAAAGGAUGGGCGUUGAUAAGUAAGGGGUCAGAAAUCAUGGCCAAAGCCAAGGGGGACAAGUUCUUGAACUGCUUCAAGGAGUACGAUAAGUGGAAAGGAAAUGUUGAAGUUAAGGGUUUUAUUCAGGCAAUCAGUGAUCAUCUGGACCAACUGCGCACCCCACAUCACUGCAAUCGCCUCAUCCUACCAGGGAUGGAAGGGAUGAUUCCUGAGAUGUUGGUUUGUACCGAAUGUGGCUGCCCUAUGGAGAAGUCUGUGUCCACGUCUGUCAUGUACAGUUGUUGCAACAAUUAGUUCUCUCUCUCUUUCUUUUUGAAAUUGAUACGUGCAUGACAUGGAUGGAGUUGGGAUAAAAAGUUAUUGAGUUUGUAUUAUUACGUGAAUAUAUAAAUAAUGAUAUUCAUUUUAAUAGUA